UCUGCAAAUUCCAAUUUGCAAAGUGUAUUCAUUGCAGUAUUGAGCAGAGCAGAUAAGGAUUUCUAUCAUAUCAAAUUCAAAGCGAAGAAAAUGGUGGGUUGCGAGUUGUUCAUCAAGGAGGAAACAGAUUGGCUUAGUACCCUUCUUCAAACCGAAUUCUUUAGCCCUUGCUCUGAUCAUCAAGAUCUUCGAAAAAACGAGAAGAACGUGUUCUGCAUCGAUUGCAGCCUCGGGUUUUGCCGGCACUGUAAGGUCCAUAGCCAGCAUCUUUCGCUUCAGAUCUGCAAAUAUGUCUAUCAAGAUGUUGUUCGACUUCAAGAAGUGCAGAAACAUAUUGAUUGUUCUAAAAUUCAGACGUAUAAAAUCAAUGGUGAAAAAGCUGUACAUUUGAACCCUCGGCCUCAAGCUAAAGACGCUAAACUGUCGAUGAAACCGAGACCGGGCGCCUCCUGUGAAGCUUGUGGAAGAUACCUUCAAGACCCUCCUAAUAGAUUUUGUUCCAUUGCAUGCAAGGUCUCAACCGUUGAUCAUGUGAAGCCUAGAAACCGAACCGGUAAACUCGAAUUCCCCGGUCUUCCAUGGAAAUGCAAUAAAAAUUCACCGGAAAUAAGCACGGAAGAGAAGCAAUCAUCCCUUUCAUCAACCGAUGUCUCCGAGGAGACAAAAACAUCGGUGACCAAAAGUUUAAAGCCUAGGAAACAAUCGAUGAAACGGAAAGGCACUCCUCGUAGAGCUCCGGUUGGUUAACGAUUCGAGGCUUUUCGGUCGAUACUCAACAAAGGGUACUUAAAUUAGCUAGUAACAAUUUCAUCAAGCCAUACUUUCUUUCCCUUUUUUUCUCAAUGAAAGAGAAGAUUAGACCCUCAUUUUGGAACUUAGUUGGGGGGUUAGUUGAGAAGGUCAGUCCCACAAUGCCAUGAAAGGGUAAUAAUUUUUUUUGUAAAGCAUGUGAAAAAAUGGGCAUUGAGUUGAGG